AUGGAGGACAAUGAGGUUGAGGAAGCAUUUCUGCAGGCUCCAGAUCCCAAGGACGUGGAGAAGAAGUCAUGCAACAAGAAGGGGGCAGGGAUAGGAGUCGCCUUGGUGAUUGGUGUUCUGGCUGUGAUUGCAUUGCUGGUCGGGCUGUUUUGCCAGCCCCAGCAUGUGAAGAUGAAGAGAAUUUAUAUCGGCUCCAUGGAAAUCAACAACAAGCAAUUCCUGCCACAGUAUGAGGAGCCCGGCAGUGCUGAGUUCACUAACCUGGCUGCUCAGGUCUGCAAACAGGUGAGACCUGACACUAUAGAUCCACGCUUGACCAAAACCAAGCUUUCAGAGAGGAAAAGCAUCGACAUCCACAUCGAAAACUCUGGGCACGUUGAGUCUCCGGGAUUUCCAAACUCUCCGUACCCUUCAAACGCCUACCUGCAGUGGAAGUUUCGGGCAGACCCGCAACACCGAAUCCAGCUCGACUUUGAUGACUUGAUCCUGGAGGACGACUGUCAGCGAGACUUCAUCAAAAUCUACGACUCGCUCGUCCCCAUAGAGAAACGCGCUAUGACAGAACAGUGUGGAUACCCUCACCAGCCGCUGUCCUUCAUCUCCUCUGGAAACGUCAUGCUGCUGAUGCUGGUCACUGAUGAGGAGAAAAACUUCCCCGGCUUCAGAGCAAACUACUCUCCGAUUCCUCAGACUACACUAAACUGUGGUGGCACGCUGACCGGCGAGAAAGGCUCCAUCUCUUCACCGUUCUUCCCGUCCAACUACCCUCCUCGCACCACAUGUGUGUGGAACAUCGAGGUUGCAAACAACAAAUUUCUGAAGGUUCUGUUCAAUAAGUUCUCGCUGGGAAAUAAAACUGAAGGUUGCGGCCAUGAUUAUGUUGAGAUCAAUGGUGAAAG